AUGCCGGAUUCCCUCCCAACAGACACCAACGAACCGGAUCAUCAAGUGGAGGUAGAAACAGCUACCCAAGUCAUCGAGGACUCGACAAUACUACCCGUCGAUGGAGGCCCUAAGAGCCCUGCAAAUGUUCGUCGUAUUACCGAAGACUCGUUUCACUCCGCGAGAGAAGUUGCACCAAGCAAGGAAAACACGGUGGAGCCAAUGGAGUUUGAAUAUUCUCGCAAUAUCCCAAAGAACACAGCUUUGCCAAAGCAACAUCCUCCCAGCAUCUCUCCUCACCACGAGAAACAGAACGAGAGCCAGAAUCACCCUCAGCCCUUGGCCUCACCUCAUCAACCAGAAACUAAGGAGGAUCUGGACGAUCCUAAUUUCGAUGAUAUAGGCUCACCUUCAGAUGGUCCUACUCCGGUUCGAGCGCCAAUUCGAAAAAGUAGUCUUACAUUUGCAUCGCUACCAGCAAGAGAGCCACUCACCACAAAGCGCAGUAUGGGGGGACGUAUGUCCAGGACUAGUCAUAUUGAUCCCCCUAAGAUGAACAUGAGCAUAGUCGGCCAGUCCGGCUACCUUGGGAGGCAGACGGGUGGGAACCGAUUGACACAAAUUCUCUUGGAUAAUGAGAGGAACAACAAGCCUUUGGAAUCUAAUGACAAGGCCGGAACUGAUGAUUCGGCUGAGAAUGACCAUGAUUCUGAUGCAGAAAAUAAAGCGCCAAAACGCUUGAACAAGUCAUCAACACAGCUUUUACACGAGAAAAUCAAUAUGUUAGGGAAGUCUCAGGCCCCUCGUACUACCAAAUCCAUUGCUCCCGCUCCAUCGCUAGGUACACAGCAACUUAGCUAUCCAGACCUUCCACCGCCUACUGCUGCCUCUUCAAAUGAUAAUACACAGAACGCCUCUAUUUCUAGGCCCUCGUCUGCCAUGGAAGCUGCCCACGGCUCCCCUCAGAGAUUACCACCGACACCAAACCAUUUUACUUUUCCCGCUGAUAAGUUCCAACCAGAGGCCCAAAUUUAUAGGGACACUCCUAGUCCUGCUUCAAGAGCGCCUUCAGCUCAUCCUGUUUCUCCUGAAAGGCGCUCGCCAGGCCCAAAAUCAUUCCGGCCUGGAGGCUUUUUCCACAGCAAAUCUUCUUCUGUCCCUUCAUUUCCUAUCUCCCCACGACCUGGUACGGCUGGCUCCGCCCAAAAAGCACCAUCUGUUGUGGAUACACCUGGCGAGUCCACUACACCGGCCGGUUCCCCUAAACGCUUCGAUGGCCCGUUAAGUGCAUCUAAAUCAAAGCUUCAAUCCUUAAUGAAAAGCGCUAGAGGACUUUUUGGCAGCAGCGCGAGCGUUUCCGCUACCGCCAAGUUGGAGACUCUUUCACCUACUUCGCAGCGCACCCAGGCUAGUACACACAACCAGCCUCAGGCAACAGCUACUGUCCCACCAAGCCCAGCUAAAGCUCCUCGAACUCGUGGCUCCAUCGAAAGGGAACAUAGACGCAAAGAACAAGAGCUAAAAGAUCGCAAACAGAUGGAAGAACAAGAACGAGUCAGGGAACGUGAGAAGCUACAACCAGAACCCACCAAGCCUGCAAACUUACCCUCCAAACCUCAAAUCCUAGAUAAAGUGGAGGUACCACAGCAUUCAGAAAAUCUCCAUGCUCGAAGGGUAGAGCCAGUGCCCAAGGCAGAACCUGCACGUCGUGAGCUUGAGCCCAGUACAGAAGAAGGACAAGGAGCAAACACUCAUGCCGCAUUACAACCCCACCCGCUGCCCAAUGAAGGUCGUAGGCCUGCAAAAGCCAUUAGAGAAAUGCGAAAGCCUAAACCACAGCCUGUCAACAUACGCGUAGGAACUCUAUCCUCACAGCGAAUAAGGGCAGAAACGGCAACCCCGGCACCCCCUUCAGCCCGUGAACCGACUGUCCAGCAAACGUCGGUUUCCAAAAAGGCCAGCAAUGCCUCUCUUCUCACCACGGCAUCUUCUAGUGGUAGCCUGAAGAGCUCUGCGUCUUCUGCGUCGUCGAAAUCAAAAGCCCUUUCAGCUGUGGAAAGAAAGAAGGAGCAGGUAAAUGCUUCUAAUGCCAUAUUUUUUUUAUCUCAUUUGAUACUUACUUAUGUGAACAGGAACAGCGAGAAGCCCAACGCAAGCUUGACCAGCGCCGUGAAGUCGAUCGUAAGAGACUUGCGCAGCAAGAGGAAGCCAGCCGACAGCUACAGCAAGAUAAAAUCCGCCACGAGCGAGAGCAAACUGUUACCGACGAUCCAAAGACGCUUGCAAAGAAACAAGCGAUUGAGAAGAGGCGACUCGAGAAUGCCAAAAGAUUGGAGCAACAGCGUGGUCGACAACAGACUCCGUCAAAUGAUACCAGUUCUGUUAUACAGAGCGAACGUUCAAUUCUCAGCGAGUCCCAAGGACCGGCGCGACCUGGCUCAAGGCUAG